AUGACUUUCCCUAGAAUGUCAAGUGCAUCUGAUCCAAAAUUAGAAGAUCAACAAUAUGAACAAGCAGGAGCCAAUGGAUUAAACCAAGGACCUAAUUCUGCCGGUGCUGGUUCUGUUGGACCAGAUGAUGAUGAUGAUGAUGAUGGACCAUCAAGUGGUAAAACUCAAAAAGAAAGAAGAAAAAUUGAAAUUAAAUUUAUUCAAGAUAAAUCAAGACGUCAUAUUACUUUUUCAAAAAGAAAAGCAGGAAUCAUGAAAAAAGCUUAUGAAUUAUCAGUAUUAACAGGUACUCAAGUUUUAUUAUUAGUUGUUUCUGAAACUGGAUUAGUUUAUACUUUUACAACCCCAAAAUUACAACCAUUAGUUACGAAAUCUGAAGGGAAAAAUUUAAUUCAAGCAUGUUUAAAUGCCCCAGAAGAAGGACUUGGUGAUGAUCAAGGUGAUCAAAGUGAUGGUAAUAAUUCUGCCGAUUCUCCUGAUCAAUCGCCAGCUCCUCCAAAUAAUAUCCAACAAGCUCAACAACAACAACAAGCAGCUGCUGCCGCUGCUGCCGCUCAAGCCCAUCAUGUUCAACAACAACAACAGGUACAAGCUCAUGCACAACAAUUACCUCCAGGUGCUCAUAUAGGUCAUGGUAUGCCAUAUCCUCCAGGACAACAACAACAACAGCCACAACCAGGGAUGGCAGGUAUGCCACCUGGUAAUUAUGGGGAUAGUUCACAAGUGUAUCAACAAUAUUUUUCAAAUAUGCAAAAUAGCAAUAUGCCAAAUCAACAACAAUAUCAAUAA